GCCCCCGCCGCCGGGGACAUGUCUAACCCUGGGGGCCGGAGGAACGGGCCCGUCAAGCUGCGCCUGACAGUACUCUGUGCAAAAAACUUGGUGAAAAAGGAUUUUUUCCGACUUCCUGAUCCAUUUGCUAAGGUGGUGGUUGAUGGAUCUGGGCAAUGCCAUUCUACAGAUACUGUGAAGAAUACACUUGAUCCAAAGUGGAAUCAGCAUUAUGACCUGUAUAUUGGAAAGUCUGAUUCAGUUACGAUCAGUGUAUGGAAUCACAAGAAGAUCCAUAAAAAACAAGGUGCUGGAUUUCUUGGUUGUGUUCGACUUCUUUCCAAUGCCAUCAACCGCCUCAAAGACACUGGUUAUCAGAGGUUGGAUCUAUGCAAGCUUGGGCCAAAUGACAACGAUACAGUUAGAGGACAGAUAGUAGUAAGCCUUCAGUCCAGAGACCGGAUAGGCACAGGAGGACAAGUUGUGGACUGCAGUCGUUUAUUUGAUAAUGAUUUACCAGAUGGCUGGGAAGAAAGGCGAACUGCCUCUGGAAGAAUCCAGUAUCUAAACCACAUAACAAGAACUACACAGUGGGAACGCCCAACACGACCAGCAUCUGAAUAUUCUAGUCCCGGCAGACCUCUUAGCUGCUUUGUUGAUGAGAACACUCCAAUUAGUGGAACAAAUGGUGCAACAUGUGGACAGUCUUCGGAUCCCAGACUGGCCGAGAGGAGAGUCCGGUCACAACGACAUAGAAAUUACAUGAGCAGGACACAUUUACAUACUCCUCCAGACCUACCAGAAGGCUAUGAGCAGAGGACAACACAGCAAGGUCAGGUGUAUUUCUUACAUACUCAGACCGGUGUGAGCACGUGGCAUGAUCCAAGAGUGCCUAGGGAUCUUAGCAACAUCAAUUGUGAAGAGCUUGGUCCAUUGCCUCCUGGAUGGGAGAUCCGUAAUACUGCAACAGGCAGAGUUUAUUUCGUUGACCAUAACAACAGAACAACACAAUUUACAGAUCCUCGGCUCUCUGCUAACUUGCAUUUAGUUUUAAAUCGGCAGAACCAGUUGAAAGACCAACAGCAACAGCAGGUGGUAUCGUUAUGUCCCGAUGAUGCAGAGUGUCUGACAGUCCCACGGUACAAGCGAGACCUGGUUCAGAAGUUAAAAAUUUUGCGGCAAGAACUUUCCCAACAACAGCCUCAGGCUGGUCAUUGCCGCAUUGAGGUUUCCAGGGAAGAGAUUUUUGAGGAAUCAUAUCGGCAGGUCAUGAAAAUGAGACCAAAAGAUCUGUGGAAGCGAUUAAUGAUAAAAUUUCGUGGAGAAGAAGGCCUUGACUAUGGAGGGGUUGCCAGGGAGUGGUUAUAUCUGUUGUCACAUGAAAUGUUGAAUCCUUACUAUGGCCUCUUCCAGUAUUCAAGAGAUGAUAUCUAUACAUUGCAGAUCAAUCCUGAUUCUGCAGUCAAUCCGGAACAUUUAUCCUAUUUCCACUUUGUUGGACGAAUAAUGGGAAUGGCCGUGUUUCAUGGACAUUACAUUGAUGGUGGCUUCACAUUGCCUUUUUAUAAACAGUUGCUCGGGAAGUCCAUUACUUUGGAUGACAUGGAGUUAGUUGAUCCAGAUCUUCACAACAGUUUGGUGUGGAUUCUUGAGAAUGAUAUUACAGGUGUUUUGGACCAUACCUUCUGUGUCGAACAUAAUGCAUAUGGUGAAAUUAUUCAGCAUGAACUUAAACCAAAUGGCAAGAGUAUCCCUGUUACUGAAGAAAAUAAAAAAGAAUAUGUCAGGCUCUACGUGAACUGGAGAUUUUUACGAGGCAUUGAGGCACAGUUCCUGGCUCUGCAGAAAGGAUUUAAUGAAGUAAUUCCACAGCAUCUGCUGAAGACAUUUGAUGAGAAGGAGUUAGAGCUCAUUAUUUGUGGACUUGGAAAGAUAGAUGUUAAUGACUGGAAGGUAAACACCCGGUUAAAACACUGCACGCCAGACAGCAAUGUCGUCAAGUGGUUCUGGAAAGCUGUGGAGUUCUUUGAUGAAGAGCGAAGAGCACGGUUACUUCAGUUUGUGACAGGAUCAUCUAGAGUGCCUCUGCAGGGCUUCAAGGCUUUACAAGGUGCUGCUGGCCCACGACUCUUCACCAUACACCAGAUCGAUGCCUGCACCAACAACCUGCCAAAGGCCCACACGUGCUUCAAUCGAAUAGACAUUCCGCCCUAUGAAAGCUAUGAAAAGUUAUACGAAAAGCUGCUAACGGCCAUCGAAGAGACAUGUGGGUUUGCUGUGGAAUGAUGAACUUCACGGAUUUACCCCGGACUCUAUUUAUACCCUGACCGACAGCCUCCUUUCAGCAAAGUUGCCCGGAAUGCUGAAAUACAGGAAAAUGCCCCACCCCCCCUAAAAAAAAAAAAAAAAAAAGUUUAGGACACUGUGAGGGGAAAGGACAAUUUUGAAAUUCCUUUUCAAGGAAAAAAGAGGUCUUUAUGCUUUGCCAUGAGGCCACACUCAGCUGCUAUUUAAAAUUAAUAUCUUGAACCUAAAGAAUGCUGACUUUUCCUACAUUUCCAGAGUUAGGCAGUAUUCUACACUUAAAGACUACUACUAUUUUUAUAAAAAGGUAAUCUAUUCAGAUCGCUCCACAGAUUUCAAGUCUCUCAAACAUCAAGACAACUCCAGCAGUCGGUACACAUCACAUUUCAUUUGGAUCAAAUACAUGAUUUUGAACAGUUCCUGUACUUGCUCUUUGUAAAAAGAAAUAAAAUUAUUUUGAACGAUUCUACCUUU